AGCCCAGCCCCCAGCCCCAGCGCUGUCCGCAGCAGAAGAAAGAAGAAACCACAAGCGUUUUCUUCCUGGAGCCAACCAGCAUCAAAGGGACACAACCUCCGGCGAGGGCUGUGCAAUGCUGGCGUCCAGCGUGCUCUGGGAAUGCGUCCCUUCAGCCUUCAUCCUGCUCUGGGAAAACCUGCGGAGAUGCGGUUUCCGGUGUGGGUUUCCCCUGCAAGCCACGGGCUCCUCUCCCGGCACCUCUGCUUCGCCCACCCCGGGACGGGUCCCCGCGUCCCUUCGGACCGAGGCAGCAGCGACACGAAUCUCAUCUGGACUUGCGGCAAUUCGUGCUUUGCUGGGUUACUGAGCUGCUGCAGGAGCUGGCAGCAAGACGGUGAGUUUUCACGUAAAGACCCUCGAUUUGCUGUAGCUGCUGCAUCCUAUCUCCAGCUACGGACAAGGCUCGGCUCAUCCUGCGGCCCCGGCUCAUCCUGCGGCCCUGGCUCAUCCCGCGGCCCCGGCUCAUCCCGCUGCCCUCCCUCUGCCUUCAGUUUCCCAGGCGCCGGUCUGCGCAGAACUCGCGUUCUCCUGGAGCGGGAACGAGUCCUGUAUUUCCCUGGCGCAGACCGUCCCACGCUGGCGCUGGGCACUCCUGCCUCUUUCGGCACAGAUGUGGCCACGCGUGUUAAGAUCAGACUGCAGGGACAGAAAAAUAACCCACGACUGAACCCUGGGAAUAACAGCACGGACGUGGUCGCAUCCCGUCCCUCGCUGGUGCGGUGA